AUGACAGGUACUGUCGUUGGCUAUUCCAGUGCAGGAAAAAGGUUCCACUCCCACCUCCGUUACCAAGACGGGAUGUCGUCAUCAAAAGCACUGACAUGUGCACGGAAAUGCAGCAGAAAGUCGUUUCAAUCGUCUGCACCGCUUGCGAGAAGUAUCGUGUUGAAAAGAAAGUUUACCUUACAGGAAAUAGCGGCUUUCAUCAAGCAGGAGAUGGACAGGAGAUUCUGCAAUUCUUGGCACUGCGUCGUUGGAAGGAAUUUCGGCUCCUAUGUGACCCACGAAACGAACCAUUUCAUCUAUCUCUAUGUCAGAAACACUGCGGUAAUGGUCUUCAGAACCGGAUGUUGA